CCCCGCUCUCUUCUUCUCCCUUUCUUACUUUUACUCGCUCUCUCAAACUUCGCUGAUACCAUGUCCAAAGAACUUCCUUUCAUUUCCCGUAGAUCUGCCGUAUACGGUACACAUGCUAUCGUUUCAAGCUCGCAACCAUUAGCUACUCAGGCAGGCUUAGAGAUUUUGAAGCGAGGAGGAAAUGCUGCUGAUGCUGCAGUUGCGGUUGCUGCUGCACUGAAUGUCACCGAACCUUCUUCUACUGGUAUUGGCGGUGACGCCUUUUGCCUCUUCUAUGACGCCAAGUCUAAGGAAGUGAAAGCCAUGAACGGAUCAGGAAGAUCACCAGCAGCGUUGACACUGAAGUAUGCCAAAGAAACACUCGGUUUCUCAGGCAAAGAGAUACCCGCGAAAAAUUUGAAUUCCGUUACUGUUCCUGGAGCUGCCGCAGCUUGGGUUGAUACAGUCGAAAAGCUCGGAUCUGGCAAAGUGACCAUGGAAGAAGUGCUUUCCCCUGCCAUUGAUCUGGCUGAAAAUGGCUUUCCUGUAUCUCACAUUUCUGCAAAUGCUUGGAAAGGAGGAGAACAGUCUAUCUUGAAGGCAUCACCUAACUUCAAUGAAAUGCUGAUUGACGGUCGCGCGCCUCGCGAAGGAGAAAUUAUGACCAAUCCUAACUUGGCAAAAACUUUCCGAACACUGGCAAAGGAGGGUAAAAAGGGAUUUUACACCGGAAGGAUAGCACAAGAAAUUGUCGACCUCAUCCAGUCUGGAAGAGGUGUCAUGACACUAGAAGACCUAGCUGCUCAUGAUACGCAAUUUGUUGAGCCCAUUUCUAUUGACUACGAGGAUAUCACUGUUUGGGAAUGUCCACCAAACGGACAAGGAAUUGCAGCUUUGAUUGCUCUAGGAGUCUUAAAGGAACUUCAAAAGCAGAAUAUCGUUGAUUUCUCAAAGCUUGAACAUAAUUCUGCAGAGUACCUCCAUACCAUCAUUGAGGCAUUGAGAAUUGCCUUUGCUGAUGCUCGCUAUUAUGUUGCUGACCCUGACUGUGUGCCUGUGCCUUCUAAGGAGUUGUUGGACGAAGAAUAUCUUCGCGAAAGAGCCAAACUCUUUAUUCCUAGCAAAACUAAUCCAGAAAUCAAGAAAGGUUAUCCAACCCAUAAUAGCGGAACGGUUUACUUUUCUGUGGUGGAUGACUAUGGAAAUGCAUGCAGUUUCAUAAACUCCAACUACAUGGGCUUUGGAACUGCAGCCAUUCCAAAGGGAUGCGGUUUUACCCUACAAAAUCGGGGAUGUAACUUUACUCUGACAGAAGGGGCUCCUAACUGCCUCGGCCCUAACAAACGUCCCUAUCAUACUAUCAUCCCCUCUAUGAUUACCAGAAAAGGAUCAGAUGGUGCACACCAGCUAGUAGCUUCAUUUGGCGUGAUGGGAGGCUUCAUGCAACCGCAGGGUCACUUGCAGGUUGUACUAAACUUGAUUCACUAUCUUUUUAAUCCUCAGCAUGCACUGGAUGUCCCUAGAAUCUGUAUCUCACCACCUGAUGAUGAAAAAGAUUCGUCUGAUCCUCUAGCAUACUCGUUCACUGAUGUUUCAAAGGCCAUCGUGUAUGUAGAGGACGGUAUCGCUGACGAAGAAAUUGAAAAGCUAAGAAAAAUGGGUCAUACUUGCAAGAAGCUUGAGCAUUACGCAAGAGGCAUGUUUGGCAGAGGCCAAAUCAUUCAGGUCCAUAAUGAUGAACGCACAGGCAAGCGUGUUCUGUCCGCUGGUAGUGAUCCCCGUGCGGAUGGACAGGCUUGCGGAUGGUGAAAUUAAAUUACAGCUCUUAUGUGGGAUGCCAUUUGUGACUCAGUCAAUGUAGGCUAUCAUUCUGAAUAAAUUCCAUACGUCUGAAGGUUGGCCAUAGUAUGCACUAUGAUUGUAUGAGGUGUUGUUCACGAU